AUGAAGCUGGAGAUGGCCUUGGCCAUAGCCCUAGUCCUGGCUGUGGUGUCCUGGACACAGGAGUUUUUCCCUAAGGAGGCCCAGACCCUCAACUGGAGCAAGUUUUCAGGCUUCUGGUACAUUAUUGCCAUCGCCACAGACACCCAGGGGUUCCUACCGGCUAGAGACAAGAGGAAGCUGGGGGCAUCUGUGGUCAAGCUGCACAAAACAGGCCAGCUCAGGGUGGUCAUGGCCUUCAGCCGGCCUCGGGGAUGCCAGUCCAGGGAGGUGACUCUGAAGAAAGACAGGAAGAGACCUGUGUUCAGGAAUACCCUCAAGGGGGUAAAGGGCUUCCAUGUGCUGUCCACUGACUACACAUACGGCCUGGUAUACCUCCGCCUGGGGCGUGCAGGCAGCAACUACAAGAGCCUGCUGCUUUUCAACAGACAGAACAUCUCUAGCUUCUUCAGUCUGCGAGAAUUCCUGGACACAUGUCAUGUUCUGCAGCUCGCCAAGCAGGCCACCAUCCUUCCGAAAGACGAUUCCUGUGCACACACGAUCCUGCCUUGA